AUGGCAGAGAAAAGGGGGGAAGGACAACAACACCCAGAAAAAAGUUUUCUCACUCGUGGCGAACCCUCACCACCCCCGCUUCCCUCUCCAAACCAACAACUCCUCCCCGGGCCGACGCGUAACGUGACACCCCAAAGAGAAGCGGAGAACGGGGGGCUGGAGAGGGUGGAGAGGCCUUGGAUUUGGAGGAGGAGGAAGAGGAGGAGGAGCAGAGGAGAGAACUUGGGGGAGCCGGAGGGAGAGGAGGGGAGGAGAAGAAGGAGGAAAACCCCUUUCCAGGAGGUGGAGCGUGGAGGACGGCGUCCGCCUCCCGCUCCUCCCUGCCUUGCGGUGGUGGAGAAGCCUGAACCGGGACAAACCCCUCUGGGACCCACCUUCCGACACGCACCAAGCCCGAGGGGGGUCUUCUGCGUCGGUCCCGGGGGAGCCCACAGGGCCGGAGCGCAGCAGGGCGCGGGGCGCACGGGCGCAAGCGGGGCGCGCCAGGACCGGGCAGGGCAGGGCCGCGGCGGCGGCGGCAGGAGAGGGGACCAUGCCGAGGAAAGUGUCCUGAGCCCGGCCACGGCGACUCGGGGCCUUCCUUGCGCGCCCACUCGCUGCCCCCGGAGCCCUGGAGCCGCCGGCGGAUGGGCGAGCCUCCCCCGGCCCUGGCACGGGCACGGGCGCGCCAUGAAGAAGCCGCAGCCGCAGCAUCCCGGCGGGGUCCGACUGUUGCCCCGGCUGCGCUUCUCGCUCCGGGACUACGGGCUCUGCAUGGCCACCCUGCUGGUCUUCUGCCUCGGCUCCCUCUUCUACCAGCUCGGCGGGGGCCCCCCGCGCUUCCUGAUCGACCUGCGCCGGUUCUUGGGAAAUUCUACGUACUUGGAUGACCAUGGGCCACCUCCUAGUAAGGUGCUGCCUUUCCCAAGCCAGGUGGUGUAUAACAGAGUUGGCAAGUGUGGGAGCCGAACUGUGGUUUUGCUUCUGAGAAUCUUAUCAGAGAGGCACGGAUUUAAUUUGGUCACGUCAGACAUUCACAACAAAACCAGGCUUACCAAAAAUGAACAGAUGGAACUGAUUAAAAAUAUAAGUACUGCUGAACAGCCCUAUUUAUUCACUCGACAUGUUCACUUCCUCAACUUCUCAAGGUUUGGAGGAGACCAGCCUGUCUAUAUCAACAUCAUCAGAGAUCCGGUCAACCGGUUCUUAUCCAACUAUUUUUUUCGUCGGUUUGGAGACUGGAGAGGGGAACAGAAUCACAUGAUCCGCACCCCCAGCAUGAGGCAGGAGGAGCGCUAUCUGGAUAUCAACGAGUGCAUUCUCGAGAACUAUCCUGAGUGCUCCAACCCCAGGUUGUUUUACAUAAUUCCUUAUUUCUGUGGACAGCACCCCAGAUGCAGAGAACCCGGUGAGUGGGCGCUAGAAAGAGCCAAACUGAAUGUCAACGAAAACUUCCUGCUCGUGGGGAUUCUGGAAGAGUUGGAAGAUGUGCUGCUUUUACUGGAAAGAUUUUUACCUCAUUACUUCAAGGGUGUGCUCAGUAUAUACAAAGACCCAGAGCACAGGAAGCAGGGAAACAUGACUGUGACCGUGAGGAAGACUGUUCCCUCUCCAGAGGCCGUGCAAAUUCUCUACCAGCGAAUGCGAUAUGAGUACGAAUUCUACCACUACGUCAAGGAGCAGUUCCAUUUACUCAAGCGGAAGUUUGGACUGAAGUCACACAUCAGCAAGCCCCCUCUGAGACCCCAGUUUUUUAUUCCAGCUCCCCUGGAAACAGAGGAGCCUAUGGAUGAAGAGGAACAAGAUGAUGAGAAGUGGCUGGAAGAUAUUUAUAAGAGGUGAUGCCAGCACCAUGCCACCUCUGAUGACUCUUUCUCUCCCUUUUGCAGAAAGGUUUUUGUUUGGAGUGAAAAAAUUCCUUCAGGACUGAAUUAAUGCUCCAUUGCAUUAAAAAGAACCAAACAUUCCCACAUGUUGGGGUCA